AUGAACCAUAACAAACAGCCACCUGUCCUAAUCGCCGGUGCAGGACCUACAGGUCUUUCACUUGCUCUUACACUGCUCACGAACGGUGUUCCUGUUCGGAUUAUUCGGAAAGAAUCCACUUUCGCUGUCGGGAGUCGCGGUUCUGGAGUUCAACCUCGAACCCAAGAACUCCUCAAGUUAUUCAACAUUUGGGAUGACAUGGAAAAUCAUGCCAUUCGUGCUUAUCUUCUCGAGUUUCAUUCCUCCCCACAAGGCCCGCAGCCCCUUCGGACCACGGAAUUAUCCGCAGAAAUCGACCCUAAGCCGGAAUACUACCGGAUCAACGCACGUGGUCUAGACCAAGACGUUCAAGAAGAAAUCUACCGUGCCCACCUCAAAGAUCGAUUCAGCGUGGAAGUAGAGCUGGGGACGGAAUUCCGCGCGCUCGAGCAGCAUUCCGAUUACGUCGUAGCGCAUCUGGUUAAACACACUUCCGAUGACAGAGAAGUGUCAGAAGAGGCUCGUUUCUCUUGGUUAAUUGGUGCUGACGGUGGGAGGAGUCAAGUUCGUAAGGAACUAGGACUUCAGUUUGCAGGGCAGACGGAGGAUCAGGGGCUGGCGGUCAUAGGGGAUAUCCAAGUCCUGAAGGGAUUCAGUAGGAACUGGAAUAGAUGGGGGAAUCCUGAAGACAGGUUGGCCAGUCUUCGUCCUGCGUCAGUCGGCGGUAGCCGUGCGACCUUCAUGAUUGGUGGUAAAAAUGUGGAUACAUCCAAAGUAUCGGCAAGUGAAGAAGAAUUCAUCAAGGCCUUUCAUGAUGUUACGGGUAGAACUGAUAUUGAGUUUGGCAAUCUGAUAUGGAUGGGGACUUGGAGGUUGAACGUUCGGAUGACUGACAAGUUUAGAGAAGGAAGGGUGUUUAUUGCUGGAGAUGCCGCUCAUACGCACAGUCCAACUGGAGGUCAGGGAAUGAACUCCAGUGUGCAAGACUCUAUCAACCUCGGCUGGAAAUUAGCACUCGUGCAGAGAGGCCUUGCUCCAGUCAGCCUAUUAGAUACCUAUACCCAAGAACGACUUCCAGUUAUUGCAUCAAUGCUUGAUAAAACCACAGAGCUAUUCCGGAAGACCUUCGAAUUGUCCCACGUGGGAGAUCAAAGCGGAUGGCACAGAGGUUUCGACCUUCGCAUGUUUGGCGUCAACUAUCGGGGUAGCCCUAUCAUAGUUGAUGAGAGGUACACCGAGUCGAAAGAGCUGGCAGAUCCUUAUCGCGCUGGACAUGACGCUACAGUACAAGGUGGAGAUCGAGCGCCAGAAGCACCUGGACUUGUGGAGGACGGAAAUAUGAAUAUGACGACCAGUUUAUACGAAGUGUUCAAACCCAUGGCACAUACGGUCUUGAUUUUCGACGGCCACAAGCACGAUCCUACGCCAGUAAUCGAACAUUUGCUCAAAUACCCGGAAGGCCUCAUACAGAGUGUUGUCAUUCACCCUAAUUCUUCUUCUCCGCUUCCAGGUGCAAAAGCGGCAAGUCGUGUUUUGGAGGAUAGCAACGGGUUCGCGUAUAAGCAUUACAAGAUUGAGGAGGACGUGAAACGGGUUGUGGUUGUGAGACCAGAUGGCUAUGUCGGUGCUUUGAUAGAGGGCGUGGAAGGUUUAACGAAGUAUUUCUCGCGAAUUUUAGUAACGGUUUAG